UAUAAAGCUGUUGCUGCUCUCAACCCUUUCAAACGCAGAUCUCUUCCCCAAAUCACCAAGUGCAGUAUUAGUUUAUUGGUUGCUGGGAAGGUGAAAAUAUGAAUCGAGGAGGGAGCAGUGGUGGGGGUCAGAGUUCUUUGGGUUACUUGUUUGGGAGUGGAGAGGCCCCGAAGCCGGCCCCAAAAGCUACACAAGCUGCUCCAUGUGAAACCCCAGCAGCAAACAAUGUGACAGCUGCAAAACCUGAUCCCGUUUCUCCCCCAGUAGAUAUUGCUAAGCAGGUUCCUGCAGGCAUAAAUAGCAAUCCUUCAAACAACUACUUCAGAGCUGAUGGUCAGAAUACUGGGAACUUCAUUACGGAACGACCCUCGACAAAGGUCCAUAAUGCACCUGGUGGUGGAUCUUCUCUCGGGUAUCUCUUUGGCAGCGGUGGUGGUGGCAGCAACUGAAUUUUUUUUUCUGGUAUCACCUCUUAAUCUGAGGUUUGAACUUGUAAUCAUAAAGAUAAAUGCAUGUUUCUUCUGCAAACUCUGGAAAUCUUCUUCAUGAUGACAUGUAAUAUAUUUGGUGACAUUUUGUCCUGUUUUUCUUUGUAUGAAUUCAAUCUUUCAUAAAAGGAUUUGGAAUUCUUUUGUGUG